GAUUUCGUCUUCAAGAUCGGGAAUUUGAUGCCAGCCGUCGGAUGCGAUACGCGUGGCUGCAGUUAAACCCAACGGCCACUUGAAGGAAACCCUGAAUUUGAAUAUUAACUGCAAAACCCUCCUUCACGUUCCAACCAUAAACCCUUCGAAAAUCUUCACCUUCUUCACAAAUUACCUGUAAUUUCUACAAAUCAAGAAAUGGAAUCGCAGAGAAACCGAACGCCGCAGAAAUUCUUCGGCUUCCAUAGCUUCGCCGAGCCAGGAUUUCCCGCCUCCUUCGCCGGGGCUUUUCGCGACAACAUUCGCCAUUUUCUAGCACGGUGCGCCGAGCCGGAGCAUUACGAUCUCGGGGGAAUGCCGAUUUGGUGCACUUUUUUGGUUUACGAAAGUAGAGGAACAGUGCUGCCCCUCUACACCAUUGAAGAAGACGUUAAGCAAUCUGAUCGGCCAUUCUGCGAUUACUGCCGCUGCGCUGGUUGGAGCCAUCAUUUAGUAACGAAGAGAAAGUAUCACAUGAUCAUUCCUGCAAAUGAUGAGUGGCAAAAAAGUCUUGAUGAAGGUGCAUUCGAUCUGCAAACGCAUCUUCUUCAUGGUUUGAUUCACUGCAAUGGUUUUGGACAUCUGAUCUGCAUCAAUGGCAUCGAUGGAGGCUCGAAGUUCAUCACCGGUAGAGAAAUUAUGGAUCUAUGGGAUCGAAUUUGCACUGCUCUCCACGCUCGGCAAAUUUCCGUGGAAGAUCUAUCACAAAAGCAUGAGAUGGAUCUCCGGGUGUUGUACGGGGUUGCAUACGGGCAAUCGUGGUUCGGGCAAUGGGGAUAUCGAUUCUGCCGUGGUAGCUUCGGUGUUAAGGAGCACCAUUACCAAAAAGCGAUCGAGUGCCUCAGCUCAAUAGAGCUCGAUCAAGUGGUCGACGAUUUCAGCCUCGCCAUUGGAUGCACUUCGAUCAAGCAGAUAAUCCACCACUACAGAGACAUGAGCGAUGCCGAUCUCGUCACCAUCCGAGAUCUUUUCCGAUUCAUGCUCUCCCUCAAGUCCACGGCUCCAUCCGCAACAUUCCCAUCGUGGUCCGGGAAAAAGCUCACUUUUCCGAUCAAGAGAGGUUCUCUGAAAUGCUCAUCCGGUUUUCCUCUGAAGAGCCUCCCGAGUAUAAACGAAAAGCCUGCCAAGUGUCGAAAGUUCUCAGCGCUCGCUGCAAAUCUGGACAGCAGAUGGCCUGUCCGGAGGCUGGAGCAUGUCGCAGAAGUCAUCGUCGAAGCCUUGAGAGAAAAGAGAACGUCGAUGAGGGGAAGCAGCUGUGGGAUGACUAGGCAGGAAGCGCGCGACGCAGCCCGGGUGUACAUCGGUGACACGGGGCUGAUCGAUCACGUCUUGAAAGUGAUGAACAAUGUCAUCGUCGGAAGCUAUAUUGUUCGACGCGCCGUGAACCGGUGCACGAAAGUGCUCGAAUACACGAUCCAAGAUUUAAAAGGCGCGACGACGAAAGAGGAGUUUCUUCCGCUGCCUAAAGCUCCCGAUUCAGCAUUGCCGCUUAUUCGCCACUCCGAAUUCAAUGUCGUCAGCGACGUCGCGUACUUGUACAGAAAACUGCUACACGGCCAUUCGAUCUCCGACUCCGUGAAGUUUGCCGUGCAAGUGAUUCUGUACAGCAAGAACUUCGUAAAGCAGUGGCCCUUCCGAGACGACGCCGACGAUUCGUUGAGAUUCAUCUGCAGGAUGAUGAUGAGUUCGAUGGACACGAUUUCCGGCAUCGGGUUCGACAUUCUACCGCGAGAGUACGUCGCAGUCCCGCUCUACGCAACUGUCGGGGACCUGAAGCUCUCGGUGCAGAAAGCGAUGCAGGACACGUACUGCAUGAUGGAGAAAAUGUUCGUCACCGAGAUUUUAGAGAUGGAAGAAACCCGCGACGAGGAGGUCGUAUUCGGCGCCGUGGAGUCAGGCCGGGAGCUUUCGAUGAGGUGCUGUGGAUUGGAUAUGGAGGAAAGCUUGAGGUAUCAGGGAGGGACAGAGACAUGGACUGUAAGGUGUAAGUGCGGGACGAGCGACGACGACGGGGAGCGUAUGGUGGCGUGCGACGUCUGCGAGACGUGGCAGCACACGCGGUGCAGCGGGAUUGAAGACUCGGAAGGGGUCCCGAGAUUGUUCGUCUGCGACGACUGCUGCAACUCGCUUGCGCCGGCGAGUCGGAAGUGCAACUACGAGGUUUGGGACACGCCGUCGUUGUCGUCGUCGUCGAAAAAGCUGAAACUGCUGUAUAGUGACUGAAUGUACGUUAGGUAAGAUUGUUUUUGUACAUAGUUACAGAAUUUUGUCGAAUUUUUUCGACAAGAAAA